UUUCACCAUCUGGUAACACUGGUCAAAUCUGCUAUUUCAUUGUUUUCCUUAUAAACUUAUCUUGUUUAUAUCUGAAAUUCCUCAUAUAUGGAGUCCGUAGCUGUCUUGGAAAACGGAGGAGCUGUGCCGGCGAAGGACCCCGGUCUUUUCACCUCACAUUGCGUCCACUUGGAGGCGGGACCCUCGCAAUUCACCGUGCGCGCCUUGAAAAUGCAGGGCAGCACCCUGCUCAUUGUGAAUCCUAAGGAGUCUGAGGUCUUCGAGGAGCUAGCGGUGGCCAUGCCCUCUCGUAAUCCCGCCAGCAGCGAGGCCAUAUCCUCCACCAUCCUGGGCGGACAUGGGCAGACCGAUUCCUCGGUGCUGGCCGCCAAAUUGAGCAAACGAUACAGUCGGCAGUUCUAUGUGAGCCUGAACCUCAAGCUGGACCGACUGGUGGGCCCUCUGUUCGAGAAGUCGCUAGUCACCUACAUGCACGACCAUCUGGAGCACUUCGCCUGAGUGGGCCGCCGAUGACACGGCGCCGCGUGGGGGUCACCAUCUACUACAUCUAUUUCGGGGACCGGCGGCUACCCCACGGACACAGCUCCCCGUACUGGCACUCGCACUCCACCAACAUAGUAUCUGGGAUCUCCGAUUCCCGAUCUCCGCUCAGACGUCAUGUGGCGGCCGAGUGAGCGCGAACUUUAAACGUGUAUCGCCGAAUCGAUUUUUGUACAAUAAAUUUAUUGCCCUAAGUAA